AUGUAUUUCCAAUCUGUAGAUGUAGAUUAUAUGAUCAUUUGUGAGGCGCUCAAUGCAGGUACAUACUUAGCCCCUGCCAAGCAGCAUGCUGCUCCGUCGCGCCCUCAGGGCCUUCAUACCGCAUACCCCGCAGGCUUGCAACCAAUCGCAUCCGAAGAUCUUUCUGGAAACAGGCAAAUACACCGUAGGGUUUCUCGAACGGACCUCGACUUUGAACAGGCUUUGCGAGCAGAGGGCACAGUGGUCUUGAGAGAAGGGGUGGACGUCAAUUCACUAGGGGUAGAUAUAAGUCCGUCUCCAGCGAACAGAAGCUAUAGUUCUAUGACCACCUCUCCAAUGUCGCGUUCGACACCACGACCACAACCCUCAACCCCCAACGUCGUUCCGCCGACUCCUUCACCUGCAGCAGGUCCCUCUGCUUCCAAACAAGCUGGCUCCUCUCCAGCCUCGUCUUCUCAAGAUUUGUUCUAUGAUGCCGACGAUGGCGAGCGACAUAUGAAUCGUCGUUCAAUGUACAGAUCUCCUGGUACAUCAAGCAGUCCUGACCUCGCUACGCUUUUGCGUAAGGCAAAAGAACGCGGUGGCGUCGUUGGGGUCAACUACAAGAAGGAAAAGAGACGCGAAUCACCACCUCCACCAUUGCCCUCUGCAUAUGACCGUGCUACUGAUAAAUUUUCCCCCUCUUAUUCAGCCAACUCUUCGCCCUCAAAAGACAAAAUCAGGGGGGACGCUGAAUGGGUACUCCCGAGUUCUCGUCAGCCGAGGGAAAACGGAAAUAGCAAGGCUCCCAAAACGUCAGUGAGAGCAAAGACCAGCGCGUUUCUAGGGAAAAUGCUAGGCCAGAACAGUGUUCGAGAACGAUCCAAAACCGAUGCAGCGAUGUAUUCCCUGCCCUCUUCCUCCACGUAUACCCCGCCAGCGUUAAUGAAUGCGUUCACCCCUCCCGUACCACCUAUACCGGCAGAACAUCGUUCGCCAACAACAUCACCCAUAGCCGAUGUUUUCAGCACUUCAAAUCGACAGCUUGUCGAUGCCAGUGAAAAGCCUCUUCCUCAAAGCCCAGGAAUCCGAGAGAGGGAAGAUUUGGAUGAGAAAUCAAUUGUAUUUGUUGACAAAAAGGCCCCGCUGCCUUUGACACCAUUAAAACCAGUCGAAGAUACUCAUACCAUCAAGCGAAGAAGUAUGAGUGUUGGUAAUGCGGACCUUCAUCUGGUCUCACCAUCGACACCAAGUUACCCUCGGACGCCAGAGCCCAAGAAAAAGGAUGAUCCUGGACGAUGGGACGAUAGUACAUUGCAUGGCAUCCUGGAUGACUUCAAAGGCGAACUUUCACAACUUGAUCCAGUUUCUGGUUCUUCCCUCGAUCUACGCGAUCCAUCGACGCCCCAGCGCCAGUCUACAUUGCGGUCUAAGGCUGGCAGCUUACGCCGGGAAGUCAAUAUUCCUACCUCCCCGUUACUUCUCGACAAAUCGGAAACAGAAGAACCCGAAGAGACUGGUGCCCUCCAACCCGCAAUCAUACCUCCACGAACUUCGUCCUUACAGACUCGACCUGGAUCAAAUGGAAUAGGUAGCCCACGAAUUGCAAACUCGAGUCCUGCUGUGAGAAGCCCAUCCGCCGGUUUAGGGGCAAGGGAUACGAGCAAGCUACGGGUGCUUCACCGGUCAACCGCUUCAAGUUCAGAGCCUUCUCUUGUUCCUGUCGCAGAUCCUCAGUUUUUAUCUACUCCCCGGAGGAGUUCACAGCAAGAUUUAACUGGAAAGGAAGUAACACUGACUCGCUUUUCCUCGUCUGCUCUAUCGCCCGGAGGAGACGAUUCGACUGACAUGGAUACGAGAGGGAAAGAGCUCGCUACUCGCUGUUGGAAUGAAGAUGAAGACUUUCUGGCAAAGGAGAAGAUUGCAGAGUGGCUCGGCGGGCAGUAUGUUCUGCACGAUAUGAUUCCAGGACGAAUGCUGAUAUACUUUAGCGGUCGUAUCAAUAAAUUGGCCUUGCGACAUUACGUCGACUUCUUUGACUUUCAAGGACUCAGACUUGAUCUUGCAUUUCGCCGCUUCUGUGCGAAACUUUAUUUGAAAGGGGAAACACAACAAGUAGAUCGAAUUUUAGAGCAAUUUAGCCGCCGCUACUGGGAUUGUAAUCCUGGUGGUCUUUAUGGCAGCUCAAAUAUUGUCCAUGCAGUUUCAUACUCCCUUUUGCUUCUCAACACCGACCUCCAUGUUGCUGAUCUUUCAACCCGAAUGUCUCGCAAUCAAUUUAUCAAAAAUACGCUCACAGCCAUCCAAACGCAACUGCAACCUGUUUCAAUUGCACGCUUGUCGACAUCCGAUCUUACUUAUGAUGAUUGCAGUAGCAUUCGUGGAGUGGGCUCCGAAGAAACUGAAAAGGGAUUUCGCAAAAAGAGAAGUGAUAGCAUUACUAGUUGGAACAGCGUCUCUCGCGAGGUGAUAAUGUCCACGCCCACUUCGCCUGGCGGAGGUCAGGGAUUACCCUUAGGAGCCCAUCUUCCCAAUGGUAGUACUCCAUCUGUUCAGGUCUCAAACAGUCACGACUAUGGAUCGUCAAAUCAAUUUACCCACGUCUAUGGUCGUGCAUGGGAGAAUGACAUGGAAAACCUUCUCAAAGAAAUGUAUAACGCCAUUAAGAGCCAGCAAAUUUUGCAACCUAUGAACACCACCUUGACUCGGUCUUCUGUAUCUUCUCUAAGCCCUGGCGGGUCUGGAAUGAUGCGAAAUCGUAGUUUUCGUGGACAGCCAGACAGAUUGGCAACUCUCAAGCGAGGCAGCAUCCGUGGUUUGCAAUCAAUCCUUAGCGCUCAAAAUGGGAUCAGCCCCUAUAGUAGUAAUAGCAGUAUUGACGGCCGUGUCAGUCCAUCUCCCAGUUUCGCGACAUCUACACACGAGGGAAUGUAUGGCUCGAGUUCAUCAUUUCUAAACCCCACCUUAGGUUUUGCUUCCAACUUAUCCCACACCAUCAUCCGUGAAGCACAAGAAGACGAUGACCGCAGCGCCCACAGCGAGGAGUCUUCGUCAACGACCAUCAGCAUCUCCGACGAAGAACUAGCUCUGCUGGGCGCUCCAUGGGCGAAAGAGGGUAUGCUAUGCCGCAAGCAAUACUGGGAAUCUUCGGGGAAAAGAGCUAAAGAUAAAGCUUGGCUGGAUGUUUUUGUUGUUAUUCAGAAAGGAGAACUCAACAUGUUCACCUUUGGUGAUACCACCUCAGGUUCGUCCGGCACAUUUGGAGGCGGAAACUGGCUGGCCAAUGCCCACCCUGUCGGAACUGUCCAACUAGCACACUCACUAGCCCAUUCCUUGCCGCCGCCAGGAUAUAAUAGACAACGUCCAUACUGUAUGGUACUGACGCUCGCCAAUGGUGGCGUGUAUUUCUUUCAGGCAGGAACGGAGGAACUCGUGAACGAGUGGGUGUCGACAUGCAACUACUGGGCUGCGCGAACAAGCAAAGAGCCUCUAGCUGGCGGCGUUUCCAACAUGGAAUAUGGAUGGAACAGGCUCGCGGACCCAUACACACACGACUUGGCUCGGUCGAGAGUCAAUAAAUCUACAGAUGCCGACACUGAUGGGAUAAGUGUCAAGAGCGGGAGGAGCGCGCGUAGCAAAUUCGGUUGGCGAGAGGGUGCGGCGACGGUCCGCACAGCACAUUCACCCUGGGCGGAUAAAACCUUCGUAAACGAUUGGAAAGCUCCUUUACCUCCAACCGUGUCAAGUAUCCACGACGAAGAAGCACAGCUUGAGGCGCUCAAAAAACACGUAUCAUCAAUGAAAAAGGACCUGGAACUCCAUAAUGAACUACGGGAGCCCAUGGCUGCUCUGUAUCAACCCAGGACUGCUAAUUCCAUGAAAGCGCAAAGUAACUGGGAGAGAAAAUCGCAGUAUCUGCUUACUGAAAUAGUCAAAUACGACUCGUACAUUGAUUCGCUUCAGGCCGCCAUGUCAUUACGAUUGAAAAAGCGUGGAGAGAAAGCCUUGGAGCGUGCCUUGAGUGGUGUUUCCACACUGGAUGAACGGUUAACCAAGGGCAACUGGAAAGGGCGACCAAAAGAACAGACGAUCAAUGAAGAGGUGGAACCACUGACGCCGGGAGCUGGUCAGCAGUUUAUGGUCGCCUCUCAUCAGAGAGAGAGGGCUGAGGUUCGGGGAGAAGAUUAA